GCGACUCUGAAGAGAGGAAUCGACGAGGAUUGGCAAUCUAGCGUUCAGCGGUAUCCAGAAGUGCUAGAAUACUUUUACAGUUUGGUGGAACUGACCCUCCCACCCGAUGACGAACCUGCAGUCAAAGACCCUCCAUUGAGUGCCUUAAGCGGAUCACGGAAGGUCAGCAGACGGGGCGGUGCGUCAACGGCUACGGUGGCAGGGGAUACCUUCCACGAGAGGGAGCGGGAACGGAACCCUCUUGCAAGAAGGACACCCCCGCCCCCCAUGGACAGGAUUGACAGGAUAGAUAGGAGGACGCCGGGACCGGUUGCGAACCCACUUGCACCGCCACCCGGUCCUCAAAGAAGGCAUAGCACCUACCGGCCGCCGACCGCACCGCCGACUGCUUACUUCCAGACCUACUGACUUAAGUCGUAGUUGGAGUGAUAGUUGGAGAAGAUGGUUAGGAGCUUAUCUCAUCUGGCCAGCCGUGACCUCGACAGCUUUACGCCUGGACUAUCCUGCCCCUUCCGCCACUCUUGUAAAAUUGGAUCACAGCACAACUUGCAUAUCUACACACGACAUAUUCUAUUAUUUCUUUGAAUUAAUUCGAAAAGAAGAACCAAACUACCUAACCUAUUCAUGAGACCACGAAAGCGCAUCAUGACUACCGUAUCUGUUGCAUGGAUGGAAGGAGGGAAAACGUCCCAGAUACCAUUUCUUUUCUGCAUAGCGGCGAGACAUCUGCUCUAUUUGACAAACUGUUCACAACACACAAGACACAACUCAACACAUAUUCUAUUCAUUUUGUUCCUGUUUUCCUUGAGGAGCUGGUUCUACUUCGACCUUGGGAGUCAUUUCUAGGACGGGUGGCAAUUUCUUCCCCGGGAUUCUAUUGGGCGUACGGAGUGUUCCAUGGGUAUUGGUUGGACGAGCAAGGGCAAGGAUCCGGCAAGCUUUAUUUCUCACUUGCCUUUUGGUUGCUCACUUGUUUCACUUCUGUGAUGUGUUUGUUGUCCGUGCCCGCUGUCGGCACAUAGGGACGGAGAUUUUCUACCUGCGCGAGAGGGAGAGAGCGGAGUUACGAUAUACCUAUCGACUUAUCAUCCAAGCAGAGCAGAGCAGAGCAGAGCAGAGCAUAGCAGAGCGAGGUACUUUAGUCAGAUCAAUAUACAACAAAGUUAAUGAAACAUU